GCUAUUCGUCCUAAACGGCUUCAUAUACACGCUCCUCGGCCUCUACGACCUCCACGUGAUCGAAGUUGAUGCUUGGAUUCAUAAUAAGCUGCUGUAUUUGUUGCGGUGUGAGUUGAGGGAUCUAUUAAAAUAUUCUAAAUCUAAAGGAUAUUUCACAACUAUGGAGUCAGCAGAAUCAGUACAGAACAGGGCCGUCCAAAACGCGGGUACACUGCUGACAAUAGAUGACAUAGCAAAUGGAGGCCCAGUCAAGUACGAUGCUAUGGUGCUUUACGCAGCAGCCAAUCAGGCGUUCGUGGAUGAAUUGGCCGAAAAAAUGAAAAUUAAAGGAUUGAGGUUGUUCACAGGGUUCCGUAACAGGCUAGUGUCAAACCAAAUGCCGCAAGACUUGGUGUGUGAGCUGAUCGCUUCUCGAUGCCACAACAUUAUUCUGAUCUAUUCUCCCGAAUUCUUCAACGCCGGGGACGUACCUGAAGACGCUGGAAAACGAGCCGAAGCUGAGACACAAGACGCUGAGAUCCAAUUUUACGCGACCUACACACUCGCGACUAAAAUAGCUUCAAAAGGAGAGCACAGAAUGAUUCCCUGCGAGUAUAAGAAGUGCACUCUGCCCAAGUCGCACCGCCAAAACCACAGGCUCUACGUAAAGUCAGAGGCGUACGAUUUCUACGAGAAACUGGCCAACAUCCUCAAAAAACCAAGACCUAGACCUUAUCUUCCCAUUACGGCAUCCGUGACCGCCGAUAGCAGAAGCCCUGACCAAGGGAAGUCUUCUCGACUUUCCGUGGUGCAAAGAAUCAGACUAUGGUGUAGGAAUGUGUCGAGAAGGUUCAAAGAGGCGUCCAGCUUUAAGGCCUGUUUACACUUUGAUUAGUGGUUAGUUGUUUAGAUACCUAAAUAGUUUUAUUUAGUAUAACUUUAUUAUUGUAUGCUCUUAUAAGUGAUGUGAACUCUUAGAUACACGUAGCGCAUCUUACUUGCAUCAAUAUUACGCAUAAUAUACAUGUAUAUCUACAUGUAAAUUUAACAACAACAGAACCUUGGAUGUACUGUAAAACCAUUUAUACAUCGAAUGUAAACAAUAUAAAUAGUAAAUAAACCGGUUGUUUUUUUUUAUCAGUUACUAUUUAUUUAAGUAUUUAUAAAUAUUUAUAUAUUAUAUAUAUCGUUGUCUAAGUACCCUCAACACAAGCCUUAUUGAGCUUACUGUGGGACUUAGUCAAUUUGUGUGAUAAUGUCCUAUAAUAUUUAUUUAUUU